AUGCAGUCUGUUUUUGUAGGAAGCCCCGCUGGCUGGACCGUCGUGAUCGUCUUUAUCUUUUCGGUCGGUAUGGAACAGAGCAGAGCUCUUUUUUCGGCGACGAACGUGUCGCAGACCACGACCUUCAGCAACCUGUUCGGUAGCCUUCUGCAGCUUCAAAAUAGGUCGCACACCGUAAUGAGCAAGCGGGAAGGUGACACAACACAUGAAUGCAGCUAUUCCGAUACAAACUCCAACAAUCAGUUUAGUGAGCUUGACGGUUGGCUCCAUAAACUUUCCUCGACUCUGUUCGACCGAAAUGACCCAGUCAACAAACGCAAGACCGGCCGUGGCAUAUCCAACGGAAACUCGCUCUCCGAAUGGAUUUCUAAGGUCGGUAUAAUGGCCCUGGUCCUGGUCGUCUCGGAACACAUCUUGUGCCGGGGCAUAAUCGCUCAAAUUGUAUGUUUCUGA